AUGAAGGCCAUAGUGAUAACGAGUCCAGGGGGUCCUGAAGUGCUGCAGCUUCAAGAAGUGGAAGAUCCCCAACUCCGAGAUGACGAGCUUCUCAUCGGAGUCCACGCUACUGCCCUUAACAGAGCCGAUAUCUUCCAGAGGAAAGGCUCCUACCCUCCCCCUAAGGGUGCCAGUCCCUACCUCGGUCUCGAAUGUUCCGGAAUCGUCCUAUCCCUCGGUAAAAACGUUUCCAAAUGGAAAAUCGGCGAUCAGGUGUGUGCUCUUCUCGCCGGAGGAGGAUAUGCCGAUAAAGUUGCAGUUCCGGCGGAGCAAGUGCUUCCUGUUCCACCAGGUGUUUCCCUCACGGAUGCAGCUAGUUUUCCUGAGGUCGCAUGCACUGUAUGGUCUACUGUUUUCAUGAUGAGUCGUUUAUCUCGAGGGGAAACCUUCUUGAUUCAUGGAGGUUCUAGUGGGAUUGGUACAUUUGCAAUUCAGAUAGCCAAGUAUCGAGGGGCAAAAGUGUUUGUUACUGCAGGGAGUGAGGAAAAACUAGCUUUUUGCAAGAGUAUUGGGGCUGAUGUGGGCAUAAAUUACAAAACAGAAGACUUUGUUGCUAGGGUAAAGGAGGAAACUGGUGGACAAGGUGUUGAUGUUAUUCUUGAUUGUAUGGGAGCAUCCUACUAUCAGAAAAAUAUUGAUAGCUUGAAUUUGGAUGGAAGGCUCUUUAUUAUUGGCCUUCAAGGUGGGGUUACCACACAAGUAGAUCUCCGCUCUUUACUUGCGAAGCGUCUCACAGUACAAGCGGCUGGCUUACGUAAUAGAAGUGUUGAAAAUAAAGCCGUGAUUAUUAGUGAAGUGGAGAAGAAUGUUUGGCCUGCCAUUGCCGAAGGAAAGGUUAAACCUGUGAUCUACAAAUCUUUCCCUCUUGCCGAGGCAGCGGAAGCUCAUCAACUUAUGGAAAGCAGCCAGCAUAUUGGGAAAAUAUUGCUUUUGCCAUGA